CGCAUUUAUAUUAAUUUAAUUAAUUAAUUUAUCAUUCAUAAAAUUUUAAAUAAAAAAAUGAUAUAACAGAAAACAACCUUUUAAAAUUUAAAAGAAUUUUUGAAGUUAGAAGAAUAUUAUCCUUCAUUCACACAUCUUUAAUGUUUGUUUAAUUCUGAAAAAAUUAUUGAUGAAGACUUAAAGUCUUUCAGUUUAAUUUUAGAGUAAUGCACUAAUCUUUCAGUUUUGUAUCUAAAUCUGAGAAGAAAUUAAUUAGGCUCUUAGGGAACAUAUUAUUUAGGUUCUGCUUUAUCAAAAUUACCCAAUCUAUAAAUUCUGAAAUUAAAUCUCUACGAAAAUCCAAAUAUUGGUGUAGAAAGUGCAUCAGAAUUAGUCUAUGCUUUAGCAAAAUGCUUAAAUCUCUUUGAUUUAGAACUCUGGUUUAAUUUCUAUAUUUAUGAAUAAGAUGCAUCAGAAUUUUACUCUGCAUUUAGAAAAUUUACUAAUCUCUCAGCAAUUAAACUCUGUCUUGAGCGUAUGAAUGUUAGAGACUAAGGAAUAUCAAAGCUAGGAUUUGCAUUAUCAAAUUGCAUUAAACUCUCUACUUUGAAUCUAAACCUCUUUGAUAAUAAUAUUGGGGUAGAAGGGGCAUCAAACUUAGGUUUUGCACUAAAAAAUUUCACUAAUCUCUAAAGUUUAACACUCAAUCUCAACUAGAAUUCAAUAGGUGAUUAGGGUAUAUCAGAAUUAAGCUCUUGUUUAAUACACUUAACUAAAUUAGCUACACUAACACUCGCUAUUAGGUUUACUUAAAUUGAAGACUAUGGUUUUACAAAUUUAAGUUCAGCUUUAUUAAAAUGCAUUAACCUAUCAUUUCUUUAAAUAACUUUCCCUAAAAGUUUUUAUAAUCUCAGCGAUAUUUCAUAAAUUAAAUUUUUAAAUAAAAUUUAUAAAAUGAAGAGAUUAGUUUGUCUCAAGUGUUACUCUUACUGAAAAAUUCUUCAUCUCACUCUUGAUAUUAAGAUUCUAGGAGCAGUAGAUAAAUUUAUUUCUUUGAUGGGUUCAAAGAUAUUAAUUAAUUUUAAUUGUUAAUCAUAUCCAUACUCAAUAAAAUAUACAUAAAAAUAAUUGAUUGAUUAAAUGUUGUAAAAUAUUCAUGUAUGUAAUACUCUGUUAAUUUGUUUGAAAU